AUUAUCCCCGUCCGCUGCUUCUCGUGCGGCAAGGUUGUUGGAAACCUUUGGGAGGCGUAUCUCGAGCUUCUUGCUGCCGGUGUCGACGAGGGUGACGCGCUCGAUAAGCUGCAGCUUAAGCGCUACUGCUGCCGCCGCAUGGUCCUCACACACGUGGAUCUGAUCGAGAAGCUGCUUCUCUACAACCGUGAGCAAUAG